GUGUGUGUGUGUGUGUGUGUGUGUGAUUAAAGUGGAUUUAGACGUUCAGCAGUUGGAGAUGGAGCCGAGCAGACCGUGAAUCUUCUCUGACGUCAGACGGCGAGCUGGAGUCCAUCAGUGACAUCAUCAGCAGGUGACACCCUUCCCAUGGUGCCCUGCAGCCUCUGGGGUCGCCAUGGGAGACGAGUCGUACCCAGAAUGCCGAGCGCAGGAGUUGUUCGAUGAGUUUGUGUCGGCGUCGACCUGCAGGGCGGCGCUGCGGUCCUUCAGCCAGCUGUGUGAACAUCUGCAGCUGGACCGGAGCGCCGCCGAGCGGCCGCUGUACCGGCCAAUCAAACGCCGCCUCAACUACUGGAGGGCCAACGCUCUGUGGGCCAAACUGGACCGAAGGGCCGCGCGGCAGGAGUACCUGAGGGCCCGAGCCUGCAGCAACACCACGUGUGUGAUCGUGGGGGCGGGGCCCUGCGGUCUGAGGGCGGCGGUGGAGCUGGGCUUCCUGGGAGCUCGGGUGGUGCUGCUGGAGAAGAGAGACUCGUUCUCCAGGAACAACGUGCUGCACCUGUGGCCCUUCACCAUCCACGACCUGCGGGGCCUCGGUGCCAAAAAGUUCUACGGGAAGUUCUGCGCCGGCUCCAUCGACCACAUCAGUAUCCGACAGCUGCAGCUGGUCCUGCUGAAGGUGGCGCUGCUGCUGGGGGUCGAAGUUCACGUCAACGUGGAGUUCAAAAACCUGGUGGAGCCACCGGAAGACCAGCACAGACACAAGGUGGGCUGGAGGAUGGAGGUGAGUCCAAAGUCUCAUCCCGUCAAUCAGCUGGAGUUUGAUGUGAUCGUGGGAGCAGACGGGCGCAGGAACACACUGCCGGGUUUCAGGCGUAAAGAGUUCCGAGGGAAGCUGGCCAUCGCCAUCACAGCCAACUUCAAAAACAGACACACGACGGCUGAGGCCAAAGUGGAGGAGAUCAGCGGCGUGGCGUUCAUCUUCAACCAGAGGUUCUUCCAGGAGCUGCGACAGGAAACCGGGAUCGACCUGGAGAACAUCGUGUACUACAAAGACGACACGCACUACUUUGUGAUGACAGCGAAGAAACAGAGUCUGCUGGAGAAAGGAGUGAUUCUGCAGGACUUCGCGGACACCGAGCUGCUUCUCUCUCGGAGUAACGUGGACCAGAAUGCAUUGCAGGCGUACGCCCGUGAGGCUGCCAACUUCUCCACCAAUCACCAGCUGCCGUCUCUGGACUUCGCCAUGAACCACUACGGUCAUCCGGACGUCGCCAUGUUCGAUUUCACCUGCAUGUAUGCAUCAGAGAACGCUGCCAUGAUUCGCCAACGCCACGGACACCAGCUGCUGGUCACACUGGUGGGAGACAGUCUGCUGGAGCCCUUCUGGCCAAUGGGAACAGGUGUAGCUCGAGGUUUCCUGGCGGCUCUCGACUCGUCCUGGAUGAUUCGUCGUUGGUCUCAGGGAGACGCUCCGCUGGACAUCCUCGCUGAGAGAGAGAGUGUUUACCGUCUACUUCCUCAGACGACUCCAGAGAACAUGCAGAAGAACAUCAGCCUGUUCUCUCUGGACCCAACAACAAGAUACCUGAACAUCAACCUGACCAGCACACCUGCACAGGUGAGACACUUGGUUGACACAGGAGAAGGGGCGGGGCUAAAUACAGACUGUGGUGACAUCAUCCGCCUGCCGUCGCCCAGAUUCCUCCGACAGGAGUCCUUCUCUCGGUCCAAUCAGCUGCUGACGUGGUGCCAGGAGCAGACUCGUGGUUACUGUGGCGUUGCCGUUAGCGACCUGACUACUUCCUGGAAGAGUGGGCUGGCUCUCUGCGCCCUGAUUCACCGCUACAGACCAGACCUCAUUGACUUCGACUCCCUGGACGAGGCGGCAGUGGAGGAAAACACUCGGCUUGGCUUCGACGUGUCCGAGCGAGAGUUUGGGAUUUCUCCUCUGAUGACGGUGGAGGAAAUGUUGUCUGUGGGAGAACCGGACUCUCUGUCCAUGGUGAUGUACCUGAGCCAGUUCUACCAGCUGCUCAAAGACACUGCGUCCCCUGCUGGGUGUCUCGCUCAGAGUUCGGACGUCAGAGUAGCUCUCAUCACGCCGGCCUCCCUCCUCAGCAGACUGGGACACGACCCGUCCCGCAAACGCAACCCGAAGGAGCACAAAGACGUUCUGGGUAAAAGGAGGAAGACCAGUCGAGCGUGUCGAGAUGAGCAGGAGUCAUGUGACCUGAACGGCGAUGAUGUCACCCAGGUGUUUGAGGAGGGGUUUGUGGGCGGGUCCGGUCGCUCCAGAGUGCGUCUGAUGGCCAAUCAGCUGCAGGCGAAGCUGGAUGAGAAUUCGUCUUCCUGCAGGAGUUCUUCUUCUGCGGCUUCACGCCGACAGCAGGGGGAGCCAGUGACCAGACUCCCUCCGGCAUCAGAUGCUCCUGUCCAGCCAUCGUCAUGGAGACCGAGGAAACGGACUCAGCAACAGGAGCAGAUGAGUUUUCGAUUCAAAGAGAAGAUCAGGUGUCAGUCUGCGGACAGCAGGGACGAGCAGAGUCAGUCUGUGUUUCCUGUCGGGAGCAGCGACGUGUGUUUCUUCUGUAAGCAGAGAGUUUAUGUGAUGGAGCGUUUGAGUGCUGAAGGUCUGUUCUUCCACCGAAGCUGCUUCCAAUGCGACUUCUGCAGCAGCACGCUGAGACUCGCCGCAUACGCAUACCACGCCCCCAGCGGGACGUUUUACUGUUUGCAGCACUACGACUCUCGUCUGAGCGCUCCAACGGCGAGGAAGAGACCGACGCCGUCUGACAAAGCUUCUUCUCACCGGACUUCAGUCGCGUCUCUGGGAUCCGCUCCAUCGCUCUCCUCCGCUGACUCUCUGAUCUCUGGAGCAGCUGACCGUCGUCGCUCCUCAGUGGUUUCUCUGAUGGAGGCGGGGAAGAAGCUGGUGGCGACGCCGGAGAGGAUCGAACUGGAAAACUACCGGCGGAGCUCGAAGGUGGAGACGGAGCUGCUGGAGGGAGCCGAGGAGCCGGAGGAGAUCUCUGAGGAGGCGCUGAACCAAUUCAACCUGUGUGUGGACAAGAAACACGCCAACAGGUCCAGCUCAGAGUCGGAUAUGGAGGAGGAGAGCGGCGGCGGUGGCCAUCACCACCGUGUGACCUCAGAGACGGCCAGAGCUUCAUGGAAGGAGGCUCUGCAGCUCCACCUCCACCUGAGAGGUGAAGAAGAGGAGGAGGAGGAGGAGGAGGAGGAGGACCAUGAGGAUGAAGACGGGGGAGGCAGUGAGAUGGAGUCCAGUGAUGAAGGGGAGUACAGUCCCUGGGAGGUGGAGCGUCGUUCAGGCCUGUGGCUCCUGUUAGAGGAGGAGACAGAGGAGGGCAUCUCUCCUCCUCUCAUCUCAUCAGCUGGAGGAAGUGAUGUCACACCAGUGGAGCCUGACUCCACCUCCUCUGACACUCACCUCCCCUUCACCACGCCUGACUCCGCCCCCUCACCUGUGACUCCGCCCCUCGUCCACACACCCUCCACCGCCUCCUUCAUCACCACGCCUGACUCCGCCCCCUCCGUCAGCUCAACGAGCCUCGACGAGGAGAGAGAGGGAGCCCCGCCCACACAGCUCACGCCUCUGGUUGUCAUAGAAACAGCAGCUCAGAGACACGCCCCCCAACCUGCCUCUUGGGGAGGAGCCAGAGGGCGGGGCUCUUUUGAUGACAUCAACCCUGAACUGCCGCCAAAGAAGCCCCUCGUCCUGCAGGAGAGGGGGGCGGUGCCAUAUCAGGAGGGGGCGUGGUCAGACCAGGAGGAGGCGGGGCCAGAUAAAGAGGAGGGAAGGAGGAGACGCAGAGGAGCACACACUCUCCCCCCUCGACUCCUCCCCCCUCUGCAGGCCGGGGGCGGGGCUCUCCUCCUCCACCUGAGGGGUCUUCGGGAGGCUCCGCCCCUCAGACAGGUGGAGGAGGAGGGGGGCGGGGCCAGAGCCCUGUGGAGGGCGGUGUUCUCUGGAAACAGGAAGAAGAAGAAGAGGGGCGGGGCUUCACUGCCAGGUGCAGGGAAGCUGAAGAAGGAAGCAGCCAAUCCCAGGAGAGCAACAGAUUUGAGAAGAGGUCUCACUCUGACAGAAGAAUCUGAUCUGGACUCGUCCACUCUGCUGCAGAGAUGUUCGCUGACGCCCAGAAACAACCUGCGUCUGGAGCUGUUCGACCUCGCGUCUGAAAUUCAGAGAGUCUCAAUAAAAGAGGAGAAGCAGCAGCAGCAGGAGGAGGAGGAGGAGGAGGAGGAGCCUCCAUACGUCCCUCACGCUCUGGCUUUUAAACGAGCAUACGCUAUCAAGAGACGCUCUCUGAAGGUCAGGGUCCAGGACUCAGAUGGACUGUCCUCAUGUCCCACUGAGGUGGUCGGAGUCCUGGUCCAGCCGAAGGAGGCGUCCAGUCUGAGCGUGAAGGAGACCCUGUUCCAGAGGGAACAAGAGCCCGAAGACGAAGACCUGGAUGCCAAAAUCACCCGACGGGUUCAGAGAGCCGCUCGAAGACAAGCAAAAAAGGAAGAGCUGAAGAGACUCCACAAGGCACAGAUGAUCCAGAGGCAGCUGCAGCAGGUGGAGGAGAAGCAGAGACAGCUGGAGGAGAGAGGAGUGAUGGUGGAGAAAGCUCUGAGAGGAGAAGCAGAUUUCUGGGGAGACUCUGGUGAUAACACAGAUAUCGACCUUCAGCUGGGAGGACUGGGUAAACUGGAGAACCCGGGUCUCAUGCAGCAGUGGUUUCAGCUGGUCCAGCAAAAGAACGCUCUAGUUCGAUAUGAGUCUGAGCUCAUCAUAUUUGCUCGAGAGCUGCAGCUGGAGGACCGGCAGAGUCGCCUGCAGCAGGAGCUCCGAGAGAGGAUGGCUGUGGACGACCACCUGAAGGAGGAGGCGGAGCUGCUGGCAGAGCGUCUGAUCCUGGAGGAGAUGUUGGAGGUGGUGGAGCAGAGAGAUGCUCUGGUGUCUCUGCUGGAGGAGCAGAGGCUGCAGGAGCGCCAGGAGGACCAGGAUCUGGAGGCCGUCAUGAUUUCCCGGGAAAUGGGUCUGCACUGGACCUGAACUGGUCUCCAGAGUCUCUGCUGGACCUGAUAUCCAAUAUUCACUCUCUUUUAGCUCUGUUCCUGCUCUCUACCAGCUCCUGAGGGAAACAUCCGGCUCUUUAGCUG